AUGGUCCGACUGAAGCAUCGAUAUCUGCUUGUCAACAUCCUCUACACCGAACCCGCGAAACCUGCACGUCCAGCGAAGACUGCCGCCGAAGCACAACUCCCAUGGACAGUGCAAUUCCGGCGUCCAGGUCAAGAUAAGAUGGAUGGGAAGCUCCUUGCCCGUGUGGUCAGAGAUGGCGUUGCGGAGUUGUUCGGUGACUACGGAGCAGGCAUGGUCGCGGGAAGUCUGCAGGUGAAGUACAUGUCCUCCGCCACGAAUACCGCCAUCAUACGAGUGUCCCGCGCGCACUACCGACUUGUCUGGGCCGCCCUCACAUUCACGACGAAGCUUCCCAAUCCCGUGAACGAGUCUUGUGUCAUACAGGUCGUGAGAGUGAGCGGAACUAUCAAGAAGGCGGAAGAGGAGGCUAUCCGACGCGCGAGACUCAGCAUUGUGAGGGCGAGAAGAGCAGCGGAACGGAAGACGGGUGUCGCCGACAGCCUCAGUGAAGACGAGUUUGACGAUCUGGGCCUGGCGGGUGAUAUUGAGGAUCGUGAUGGGCAUGAUGACGAGGACGACGAUGAAGACGACGGCGACUGA